AACAUAGACAGGAAGUCGGAGAACUACCCCGAGGACAUUCAGAAACUGGUCUUCCAGAUGAACAAUGUACAGUACAUUAUAAAGACACUUCAAAGCACUGGUCUGCACGAGCAGCUGUCGUUGUAUGAAAGAUCCGCCAUCGACAAAUUCCAGAGCCUUCUGGAGGAUCGAAAGAAGUUUUACAUUCGCGGUCUGACAGACAUACUCCAUCUCGCACCCACUGUGGGCACAGAGGGAGCAGUUCGUCACUUGCGAAACACAGCCUCGCUAUGGGGCGCCGCUCUGGUCACCGCCGUUUCUUCUCCGCGUCUUAGCAAGUCCAACUCCUCAGUGAAUAUAAAUCAAGGCCUUGUAAACCUGUCGAAGAUGCAUUCACAACUUUCGCUGCCGGACAAGGAUUUGCGCGAUAGUCUGUGCCAGUGUGUCUGUGCUGAGCUGGUUCCGGCCUAUCAAUCAUUCCGGGAAAAGUCUCUGAAUAUUCCCUUCACAUCGAGACGGGAUAAGUACAUUCGAUAUACCGCCGAGGAAUUCCGUGGAAGGCUGCGGCUACUCUAUGUCUCAGGGGCUGCUGUUCUUACCUGA